AUGGCCCCCAGCACCGUGGCCGUGGAGCUGCUCAGCCCCAAAGAGAAAAACCGACUGCGGAAGCCGGUGGUGGAGAAGAUGCGCCGCGACCGCAUCAACAGCAGCAUCGAGCAGCUGAAGCUGCUGCUGGAGCAGGAGUUCGCGCGCCACCAGCCCAACUCCAAGCUGGAGAAGGCCGACAUCCUGGAGAUGGCCGUCAGCUACCUGAAACACAGCAAAGCCUUCGCCGCCGCCGCCGCCGCCGCCGCCGGCCCCAAGAGCCUGCACCAGGACUACAGCGAGGGCUACUCGUGGUGCCUGCAGGAGGCCGUGCAGUUCCUGACGCUGCACGCGGCCAGCGACACGCAGAUGAAGCUGCUCUACCACUUCCAGCGCCCGCCGGCCGCGCCGGCCGCGCCCGCCAAGGAGCCCAAGGCGCCUGGCUCCGCGCCCGCGCCCGCCCCGGCCAAGGCCGCCGCCGCCGCCGCCGCGCGCCAGCCCGCCUGCGGCCUCUGGCGGCCGUGGUGA